UUCUUGGAAUAUCAUACAAUCCUCACUCUCUUCCCUUUAAUGCCUCUCAGACAGACGAACGAACUCACGCAAUUUUCUCCCAGAGGAAAAACACAUGAGACUGUGUGGGUAGUAGUAGCAAAGGGAAAAGAAAGUAGUGGACAUGGCGGAAUCCAGGAAGAAGCAGCCGGAGGAGGAGGAGGCCGAGCGAACGGUUGCACAAAUCGGCAAAGAGUUAUCCGCUUUCAAAACUUGCCCAAACAAAGACACUCUAAUUAAAUUACUCAAGCAAGCUACGAAUGCUCUCCCAGUUUUAGAUCAGUCGGAAGAACUAAAAGCUUCAGUCAAGCCGUUGAGAAAUUCUCUUUUUAGGCAUGGCUUACUUGAUCAUAAAGAUAAAGACGUGAGGAUCUUGGUUGGUUCCUGUCUCUGCGAAUUGAUAAGGAUCCUGGCAUCAAAUCCUGAUUUCAGAAAUUCAGAAUUAAAGGGCAUUUUUAAAUUUCUUUUAAGUAUUGUUGGGGAGCUAGAUGACACUGCAAACCCAUACUUCUCGAGGAAGGUCAAACUGUUGGAGACUAUUGCUAGACUGAAUUUUUGUGUGGUUAUGCUAGACAUUGGACAUGAUUUGGUUCUCAAAAUGUUCAAAAUCUUCUUCAAUGUUGCAAGGGAUGAUCAUCCUCAGUGUUUAACUAAUUCUAUUGCAUCAAUAAUAGCAAGCAUACUGGAGCAGAGUACUUCCCAGCCGCUUUUAGAUUUGAUAUUCCAGAAUCUUAUUAACGAGAGAGAGGGUGUAGGCAAUGCUUCUUCCAAAGUAGCUGUUUCGGUCAUAAAAAAUUGUGGUGUUAAUCUGGAGCACCGUAUAAGCCAGUUCCUGACAUCUUGUAUUUUGAAUAGAGAUUCUGUUGAGAGUGCAAUCAAAGAAUCUUACCAUGAAAUUAUACAUAAAUUAUUUGAAAUAGCUCCUCAAAUGCUUCUUUCCGCCAUACCUAAUUUGAUCAAUGAGCUACUGACUGAUCAGGUUGAUGUCCGAAUUAAAGCUCUUAAUUUAAUUAAAAAGCUGAUAGCAUUGCGAGGCCUGCAUGUUGUACGAGAAUAUACGCUCAUAUUUGUCGAGUUGCUCAAUAGAUUCUCAGACAAGUCUGCUGAAGUGAGACUUGUUGUUCUUUCUUGUGCUAAAACUCUCUACAUGACUAAUCCAUCAGGGCAAGAAUCACAUGUGAUCCUCUCUGCCAUUCAGGGCCGACUGUUAGACCACGAUGAUAAAGUAAGAGUUGAAGCAGUUAAUGCGGUUUGUGAUUUAUCAAAGACUAACUUAAAUGUUGAAUCCUCUGAUUUAGUUACUCUAGCAGCUGAAAGGCUCCGUGAUAAGAAGGCUUCAGUCCGUUCAAAAGCCUUAAAAAAGUUGUUAGACCUAUACCAUGACUACUGUACAAGGUGUGCAGCAGACAUCACUUUGCACAAUGAUAGUGUUGAGGAGAUCCCAUGCAAAGUUUUGAUGCUUUGUUAUGAGAAGGACUGUCCAGAGUUUAGGCCUCAGAGCUUGGAGCUUGUCCUAGCUGAUUUAUUCCCUGCUGUUCUAUCAAUUGAAGAAAGGAUGAAGCACUGGGAAUUUAUGUUUUCUCUUUUCAAACCACCUCAUAUUAAGGCACUGAAAACUAUUUUGUUUCAAAAAAGGAGGCUGCGAGACGGGCUUAAAGAAUACUUGGAUCUCCUCACUAGAGUGCAUACAAAUGGAUAUAGAGAAGGAGAAACAGAAUUGUCAGCAUUAAUUGGUAAAAUGUCUUUAUGCUUUCCCGAUCCCGCUAAAGCGAAAGAUUGCUUUCAGAGAUUAAAUGAAGUAAAAGAUAGUGAAAUAGUGAGACUUCUACAGAGGAACUUAAGUGAAGAGAUAGAACUUGAUUAUGAGACCAUUAAGGAUCUGUGUAAAAGAGAACUUGGUGAUCAUAGAUUACUUCUUCAUUUCCUCGAGCAACUUUCUGGAAAAUGCUCUUUUAAUAUAUUUGGCUCUGAGCACGUCCAAUAUAUUCUUGGUCGUCUUUCUAGUGAUGAAGCUUCAGAACAGCACCUGAAAGAUUAUCAAGUGCAACUUUUUCUGACUAUUAUUAGUAUCUUUCCCUCGCUCCUUAGAGGCUCAGAGAAGAAGUUCCAGCUUUUGUUAUUUGAAAGGAAGAUUCCUAUUAAUGAGCCGUUGAUUGAGAUUUUAGCUCGGGAGGGACGGAAUAUGGCUAUUAAACUCAGUGAUGUUUACUCAUUCCUGGAGAAAAUAUGUUUGGAAGGAACUCGUGUGCAGUCAAAAAUUGCUAUCUCUGCAAUUGCUUCAUUAGCUGAUACCUCUGAGCAGCUCGUUUUUCCACAGCUUUGUGAGGCACUGAUGGAAUCUCUACACAAUGGAUGCAAUAUUCCAACUGUGUUGCAGUCCAUAGGCUGUAUGGCACAGCACUCCAUUCCUGCAUUUGAAGCCCAAGAAAAAGCAAUUAGAGAUUACAUUGUUGAGGAAAUGAUUCAUCAAAAUGAUGUUCCUGCUUCAAGGGAUUUUGAUUUGUCUGAUGAGGCUUCUGACUGUUGCUCUUCCUGUAAACUAAAGAUAUUUGCACUUAAAGCUCUAGUCAGAAGCUUCUUGCCACAUAAACAGCGACCUCUCAGUCAUCCAAUUAAGUUUCUGCUGGAUAUUGUUCAUCAGAUGCUACAACAUCAUGUGUUUUCUUCUGGUAACAGGCAAUGUGAAGAUGAUGCAUUCAUUCGAUUAGCUGCAGCUAAGUCCAUCCUAAGGGUUUCAAGAAAAUGGGAUUUGCAUAUUUCUCCAGAGAUAUUCCGCUUAACAAUCUUAACUGCAAAGGAUCAUUCUCCUGAGGUUCGUAAAUCAUUUGCCAGGAAAAUACACAAGUUGUUGCGUAAUUACACCUUGCCCAGUAGAUAUGCAUGUGCAUUUGCAUUUGCUGCUCUAGAUUCUAUCAAAGAUCAGCGGAUUGAUGCACUGAAAUACUUGGAGGACUUCAUUCGAGAAUAUGACAGAGGAGCUCAAACACAGGAAACCAUGAUUAUACAAGGACCAACAAAUCACCCUGUAUAUAUAACUGUGUUCUUGAUCCAUGUUCUUGCACAUGACCAAAAUUUUCCUGCUCUUGAUAGUCGAGAUGAAAAGCUGUUUGCUCAGUUUCUGAGUCCACUUUUUGUCAUGGUGCAGACAUUAGUAAACAAAAGUUUAGUUGAUGCAAAUUCAAGUCAAAUAUCUAAUUCUUCUGCUUACUUGCGAUGCAUAUUCAAUGCUAUAAAAAAGGCAGAGGAUGCUGUUGAUUCUCAGAUGACUCCAAAGCUACACUUUUUGGCCGAAGUUGGGAUUUCAAUUUUAGAUUCUCUAAAUACCAUCAAAACUGGAGUCUCACAUACUCCCGGGGUAAUUCUGCUCCCAUCGUCGCUCUAUAAAAGUAUUGCUUCUGAAAUGAAAAAGGCUAAUGCUUGUAUAGAAGAUGCAAACUUUCUUAAGAACUUGGUAUCUCAGCUCAAAGCUGAAGUUUCAAGGAUUAAUGGCACUGGCAUUGAACUCGGCCAACAAUGUGUUGAAAAUUCGUUACGAACAAGUGGCACAAGGCAUGCCAGAUCAAAAUCAAAAUCGGGCCAUACAAAUAAAAAUGAUUCAUCAAAGAACAAAACUAAGAAUCGGACUGAUGAUCUCCAUGCAAAAGAAAUGGAGCAGCUAGAUCCUUCCAUCAGUGUGAGUGAUGUUAGCAGACAACGUAAUGAGGCGAAAUCAUCGAACUUUGGUUCAGUUGUACUUCAUGAAAACUCUUCUGCUGAAAAUGGACCCAAAGUAGAUGAUGAAAAUGGAACAAUACCACCAUCAUUAUAUCAACAAGAAACUGUUUCAAGUAGUUCCAAGGAAGAAGUUCAAGUGCAAAGAACCACCGGCGUCAGAAAGAACACUCAAGCUGCAAAGAAGAGGAUGAGGACAAAGGGAGGGGAAGAUGUUGCUGCUAUCGACACACCCACAUCGGCCGUCACUAAUCUCAGUGACGAUCGUGUAAGAGUGUGGCCCGGAGGACUCGGAGACAAAAAAAAAGUGAUGUUAUUCUUCAUUGCAGCAGAAAUGUCGAUUAUUCACCACAAUCCGCUCUACGUUCCUCCGCCGCGGUCUCGGUAUUCGUCGCUUGGCGGAAAUCAAUUCAGAAAUUUGCUGCCGAGAUGCGCGACGAAGAAUGGAAAAUUUCACGCAUCUGUCGAAGUCAAGGUUUCGAAUUUGCUGCCGUUCGCUUUGCCGAAUUCGAGCGGCGACGGAUUCUCUACGUCUUCUUUUAAUCAGUUGCUUGAGGCUUUGAUAAGCGGGAAAAAUUUAUCGGAAGCUGAAGCUGAGGCUUCUCUCGAUUUCUUGUUGGAUGGCGCUGAUGAGGCUUUGAUCAGCGCUUUUUUGGUGCUUUUGAGAGCUAAAGGAGAAACUGAUGAAGAAGUAGCUGGGCUGGCAAGAGCAAUGCUACUGCACUGCAGGAAAGUCGAGGGAGUGACUGAUGCAGUCGAUAUUGUCGGGACAGGUGGGGAUGGUGCAAAUACAGUGAACAUUUCUACAGGGGCUUCAAUUCUAGCAGCAGCUUGUGGGGCAAAAGUUGCUAAGCAAGGGAAUCGGUCGAGUUCAUCUGCUUGUGGUAGUGCUGAUGUUCUCGAACAAUUGGGAGUUGAAAUUAACUUGGGACCAGAGGGGAUUGCAGAGUGCAUAAACGAAGUGGGAAUUGGCUUCAUGCUGUCUCCAAUUUAUCAUCCAGCAAUGCAAAUUGUUAGGCCAGUUAGGAAAAAGCUUAAAAUAAAGACCGUGUUCAAUAUCUUGGGCCCCAUGCUGAAUCCGGCACGAGUUCCUUUCGCUGUUGUUGGAGUAUACCAUGAGGAGCUGGUGCAUAAAAUGGCGAGUGCUCUUCAAAGGUUCGGCAUGAAAAGAGCAUUGAUUGUCCAUUCCGAGGGAUUGGACGAGAUGAGUCCUCUUGGGCCUGGAUUAGUCCUCGAUGUCACUCCAGAUAAGAUAGAAAAGUUCGCAUUUGAUCCGCUGGACUUUGGGAUCCCUCGGUGCACUGUUGAGGAUUUGUGCGGCGGAGAUCCAAAGCACAAUGCGGAUGCACUUAGACGUGUACUGGCUGGAGAAAAGGGGUCAAUUGCUGAUUCCUUGGUGCUGAAUGCAGCAGCCGCCCUUUUGGUCAGCGGCCGUGUAAGCAAACUUGCCGAGGGAGUGAAUCUUGCCCGCGCCAUUCAUCAGUCGGGCAAAGCUCUCAAGACACUUGAUUUGUGGAUCGAAAAAUCUAAUUUGUGCAUUUUUCAGAAAGCGAAAUCAGCAGCUGCUAAUGAGGUUCCGGUUCUCCAAUCACGCCCAACCACGUCGUUUUCGAGCCUUGCCUUCAGACUUUCCGCUUCUUCCGCCGCCAUGGAGUGGCAAUUCUCGCAAGUCUUCGGCGAUAAGCUCCCCGGAGAAGAUGUUCAGGACGUUGACAUUAUUUCCGCAAUAGAAUUCGAUAAGACUGGCGAUCAUUUGGCUGUAGGCGAUAGAGGUGGCCGCGUCGUCAUUUUCUCGAGCGAUGGUGGUAAAGAUGACUUGGAUGAUUUCGUGUCCCGAAGUGAGUUGGAGAGACUUGAUAGUGUUGUUUCGAAGCAUCCGAAGUUUCGAUACAAAACUGAGUUCCAAAGCCAUGAGCCUGAGUUUGAUUAUCUGAAGAGCAUUGAAAUUGGAGAGAAGGUGAAUAAAAUCAGAUGGUGUGCUAAACCAAACGGGUCAUUGCUCAUUCUCUCAGCAAAUGAUAGGACUGUGAAAUUGUGGAAGAUUAAGGACCAUAAAGUUAAGAAAGUCGUGGAAAUGGCUAUAGGCCAGUUGGUAUUUUCAGAGAAUUCUUUAUUAGGGGAAAGGAGUUUUGUUGGUGGGCAAGGAUUAUAUACUGCCAAUGGUCAUUCGUUCGAAAAUGGAGUAUCAUACUAUAGGGGAAGACACAACACGAUGACGGAUUUUGAAGAUUCUACUUCUGCAAAAUGUCGAAGGAUCUAUGCACGUGCUCAUGAUUUCACUAUCAAUUCCAUCUCAAUUAACAGUGACUGUGAGACAUUUCUUUCUGGAGAUGACCUAAGAAUAAAUUUGUGGAAUCUUGAAGUCAGUGAUCAAUGUUUUAAUAUCAUUGACAUGAAGCCUGAAAAUAUGGAAGAUCUUAUAGAAGUGAUUACAGCCGCAGAAUUUCAUCCAUUUAAUUGUAACUUGCUGGGCUACAGCAGUUCAAUGGGAUAUAUUCGGCUCGUGGACAUGAGGCAAUCAGCUUUGUGUGAUCACAAUGCAAGGAUAUUAAAAGAUGAGGGAUCACAUGGACCAAAAUCAUUCUUCUCUGAGAUCAUUUCGUCAAUAACUGAUAUGAAGUUUGCAAAUGAUGGAAGACAUAUAUUAAGCCGUGAUUAUAUGAAUUUGAAGCUUUGGGAUAUGCAUAUGGAUUCACAUCCUGUUGCAACUUUUAGGAUUCAUGAAAAUCUACGGCCUAAGUUGUGUGAUUUGUACAACAACGAUGCAAUAUUUGACAAGUUUGAAUGCUGCCUUGCCAAAGAUCGCCUUAGUUUUGCAACAGGCUCUUACAACAAUCUCUUCACUGUAUUUUCUUAUGGAAGUGGGAGUGAAGAUCCAGUAACCAUCGAAGCCUGCGGAAAUUCAAACAGGAAGCAACAUAGCCAGCUGACACCAAGAUCACGACGGUCAUCUUUGAGCAAUCUGGCUAGGGGAUUUUACAGACAAGCUUCAGGACGUGACAAUCACAGCCCCGGUGGUAAUGAACUCUCCUGUGAUCUCAAUUCCAAGCUGCUGCACCUUGCCUGGCAUCCGACAACCAAUCUGAUUGCCGGCGCUGCUCGAAACAGCUUAUUCAUGUACUCUGCUUGAGGCGGCGCCGAUAGAGGUCAUCAUCUGCUCCGAUCCGGCGCCAAUCCGUCUUCAUCACAUUCUCUUCUGACUUAGAUCCAUCAGCCUUCAAAAACUGCUCUAUCCUAUCCUAUCCUAUCGGUAAAAACUCAUUCCUCGCCUUCUCGUCUCGAAACCCUAAGAAAGAAAUGGAGAAUCCACAUCAUUCAAACUGCAAAACAAUUACGAAAUUGGGCGAAAAAAAAAAAAACCAGACAGUCAAUUGUGGCUCAUUUCCUCGCACCGCGCCUUGCCACGCGACGACCGACCUCAGGCGCGUACGUUUAAAAGGAGUUGGAGGAGGUGGGUUUGUAUGAUUUUGACUUUUGGUCCAAAUAAGAAAUUUUACUUAACUUUUAGAUAAUUUGAGUGCAUUAAUAUGAAUACGAGUAUUUGGUUAAAAUAUAAUUAAUAAAUAAAAAUUAUUAUUAUAUAAUUAAAAUAAUUAUAACUUAUAAUUAAAAUAAGUAAAUAUUUUAAUAAGUAGAAUUUUAAUUGUUAAUAAUAAUAAUACUCCCUCCGCUC